UAAUUGAAGAAGAGAUAUCUUAAUAUGAGCAAAUAUUGAAUCUUAAACGUACACCACGAUGCAUUUGAACUUUUAUUGUCUUAAUUGAAAAUCAUGCGGUCGUGAUGCAAGGUAUAAUACACCAUAGACUUCUAUCAAGUAACAGUUGAAUAAGUCCAAGUAUCGUUUCUUUGGACGAAGUAUUCCUAGCCGACUCCCAAACUCGCGAAUUUCCUUGUAGUAAGAGUGGUUUUCUCCUCAAUUGACCCAAUAACACUCUUUUUGUUUAGCAUUUAGGUCAAGCUCUGUGCAUUUGAAACAAAAUAUCUGAAUGGAUUCGCAUCGAAAAUAGAAGGACAGAAAAUUUUAUAGAAGUCAAGAAGUGCGGUCGCAUAACACCGCGUCAGCGUUCCCUCGUUUGGCGUUUAAUUUAUUUUUAAAUUGUAACAGUGUGGAUCAUUGUGUGUGUGUGUGUGUUCCUGUUCUGUGUAGCAUUUCUUUGAAAAAUGACUUUAAAAGAAUUGCUGAAGCAAUGGAAAUUGGCCCAUUUGUGGCCAAUUUUUGAAGAACAGAAAAUUGACGAGGUGGACAUUCUACUGGCGUUAACAGAGGACGAUCUGUCGAAAAUUGCUCAAACAAUUGGGGACCAGGUGAGGCUAAGAAAAGGAAUAAAGAGCUUGGCUGAAGAAAGCACGGCGAACAUUGCCACAGUAACCGAUAUUGCCACCGCUUCGGACAUUGCCACAGUUGAAGAAGACAUUUCCACAGUAUCAUCCUAUGUAGAUCCGGCAAUAGACCCUGCAGUAUGUCAAACGAUUAUGAUCUUGGGACAACACCACCACAGGAUUAGCAACAAAACCCUAUGUUUUUUAAAGAAGUGCGUCGCUUAACUUGGGUCAAAAAUUGACGAAGUUCUAUUAAACUCACUAGUUUAUUAUUUAUCAAACAUAUUUUGUUAAACCAAAACCGUAUUCUUUUAGAAGCAGUAAUUGUAUACUUUCAAAGAAAACACGCUUAUGUUGGUUUAAAAGCUAAAGUGUUAGAUCAAGUUCACUAUUUCCUUAUAUUAAAAAACUUUGUUUUUAACACAAACACAUAAAGAUCUUAUCAGUAACCACGUUUCCUUGAUAACAGUCU